AGAGGAGAGAGCUUCAGCCUGGCUUUUCUCUGCUGCGUCUGGAGAGAGAGGCGUGUCCACGGACCAGUAUAAAGUCCAAAGAGAGCGACUCGCAUUGAGACAUUCUCAGAAGACGGUCCUUUGUGUUGCACACUGACCAGAGGAGGAAACUGUGGCGAUUCUGUUUUUGAUGACCAGCUUUGCAUAUGGACACUUGUUGACUAGGCAUUUUUUGGCGUUUCCUCAAAAGGUGGAUGAUACCUGAAGAAAUCACUUGUAUAUCUUUCAAUCUCAACAAAAAAAUAUUUUUUAAUCACCAGAACAUUCUCUAGCUGAUAAAAGGCAGGCUCCAGUUUCUGCACUGUGAAACUGAACCAGAGGAACAGAGAGGUAAUACAGCUGAGGCAUUGUGUCCUUGCAGUCGAAACACUAACCGCCUGACAUAUCAAAAGAUUCCUGGACAAAGUGUUCCUCUAAAACCUUCUUUGUCUGUCUAAAGUCUGCUGUUAGAGAGGAAAGUCAUCAAAAAGCAAGAGAAGGGAGGGGUGAACCUGAGAGGAUCCUUGACAAAGGGCAAAGGACUACGUGCAGGUGUCUGAGCUGUCAUGGUGCGAGGACGUGGCGUGACUUCAACCUGCUGGGGCCUGUGGACAUUCAGUGCCCUGUCACUGGCGGUACUGUGCUUAUCGGACCAGGCCAUCCGCUGUCCAGUGUGCUCCGAAGAGAGGCUGGCCAGCUGCCGUCUACCCGAGGGUUGCGAAGAAACAGUGCGCGAACCUGGCUGUGGCUGCUGCCCCACCUGUGCUCUUCCGAAAGGGGCACACUGUGGUGUGUACUCACCCCGAUGUGGCACUGGCCUCCGAUGCUACCCACCACGGGGUGUGGAGAGGCCGCUGCAUUCCCUGAUGCAUGGCCAGGGCAUCUGUACAGACGAGAGGGAAGUGGAGGAGAACUCGGUGGACAGACAGGAGGAGAUCAUCCCCGAACACCCGAACAACAGCAAUAUCCGGUGCAGUCCACAGGACAAGCGCUGCAUACAGAAGACCAUGGCACGACACCCUCUGAAAACCACAAAUCUGAGAAGCAACAGCGCCAGAGAGGAGACCAAGCCAGUGCUGGCGCCCUGCCGUGCUGAGCUGCAAAGAGCUCUGGACAGAUUGGCAUCCAACAGCCGCACCCAUGAUGACCUCUUCACUAUUCCCAUCCCCAACUGUGACAAGAAUGGCGAUUUCCACCCAAAACAGUGCCAUCCCGCACGUGACGGGCAUCGGGGAAAGUGCUGGUGUGUGGAUCCCAAGACCGGCAUGAGGCUGCCAGGGCCCCUGGAGCUGCGGGGGGAUCUGGACUGCCACCAGUUAAUGACUGCGACCCUAAGGGACUGAAGGGCGCAGAAGAGGGACAGUUUGGGUUUGGUGAACCAGCUGAAUUUACUGGUGCUUUUAGUAGAACCAUAUGACUAAAGGACUUUAUACUUCAGCCGAGCUCUACCAAAGGCAAACAGUUGUGGAGUUUGUGAAAAAAAAAGGAAACCAUUAAAUUGAAUUAUUUUACUAUUAUGUUUCUGUAUGUGAGAGUAAGUGAUUUGAAUCUUUUGAGCACUUGUCUUGUUUUGUUCCUACCAUGUGAAAUUAAGACAGAAUGUCUUUAAACGUGUGCGCUUUAAAGUAUCAGGUGGUAGAGAAACAAAACACGCUUCUUCAGAAAGGGGCUGUACAUGUGAUUUAUGUAAGAGACGACGCUAACCUUUUCUGUGUAAUCCUCUUAAAAAGUAGCAAAAAAGCAUUUAGUCCACUUUAGUAUAGCAGAUUUAAAAAAAGAAACUGAUCAUGUUUUCUUCUUUGUGUAGCACCAGAUUGGUUGGAAUCUGGUGCCAUCCAGACCAUCCAGAAAUAUUUAGUUUGAAAGAUAAAGCUUAUGUAGCAAGUACUUUUUUGCAUCUCAUAUUCUCUACGUAGAAUAAAGCACAAUAGAAAGACAAAAAAACCUUAACUGAGUGAUAGAAUUAAAGUAGCAAAGAUUUAUGAAAUGGGAAUAACAAAUUCUAUGAAAUGAGAUGAAAGGGCUGCAAAAAGCUACAAAACCGUAGUGGUUUAACAAAGAAAAAGCCAUAGCCUUUCACAUCAAGUGCACCAAAGUCAAAUUUGAAAUUAAAUGAGAAAGUCUGUAUCUCUGAGAUCCCAGGACAGAUUUUAUUUAUUAUGCGGCAGUGAAUUCCCCUGUCAUGUUUUCUGCCUAACAUCUUUAGCACAAAAAGCAUGGGCAGUGUUGCUUUACUAACAGCUCUGUGCGUUGCUGAUAGGAUAAUCUUCUUUUCCAGCUGGUGCUAAAAGAUGCCAGUAUGACCCUUGUGUUUGUAUGGAUAUGCUUUGGCUUACAGGAUUUCUCCCCAGCAGACUGCUUGGCAGAACUAAAUGGUGCUAUAUUCUGACUGUGCCAAAACAUGAAGCAAAGAUGGUUUCUACUGUUUUUUUGUUUUUUUUGGCCAUUGUUCAGCAUUCAAGAAAAAGUGAGAAAAAAGUAUUGGCAUAUAUGAGGAGCAACCUUAUGUGUUCAGCUUUCUGCUUUAGCCAUUGACAAAUAUUUUCCUUUUCUUUAAAAUGAUGAAAAUCCAAUAUUCAGCUUUGCACUAUAGUUGCUGCUAUUACUUUUUAAUUUGCUAGUGUUCUGAAAAAGGCAGACCAUUUUUGUUAAAUGAAACAGCAUUGUGCAAUGAGCUUCGGAUGACUUCUAGCUAACAAAUCAAGUGUUUUAUUCUGGUGCUGCUUCAAAUGUACCACAAAUAUCCUAAAGAAAACAAAGAGAUGUUCUCGUAGUUUCCCUCUUAAGUAUUAUGAUAUUCAAAAGAGUGUAAUGUUACUGAAGGUAACUGGUAGCAGUAGCUAAUAGCAUGCUAAUUGCAUAGGUGUACCAGUGGGCAUUCAAAGGAGAGUACUGGAUUUAAGCUAACUUUUUAAUGUCGUCAGAUCUGGACAGUUGGGUUUAAACGUUAGUAUUGACUCAAGGAAAUAUUUCUGUCGUUAGGUUCAUGUUUUGUGAAGAGGACAAAAAGCACCAUAAUAUCAAAGAUCAAUUGCUGUUAGCACAAAUUCAAAGGGUGAAAUCAGAUUUUUGCUGUUGUUUACCAUUUCACAAUUUUGUUUACAUGACAAAGGAGCCAAUAGAAGUUUCCUACCAACCAUAUACCAUGUUAUAGCAGCCUUGAGGACAUUUUGUACCCACCUUGGACUACAAAAGAUCUAAAGUAGUUUAAGACAUUUGUACGUGACAAAAAAAAAUUUAAAUAUACCAGCAGGAGGUCUUCCAGUUAUUCUGGUUAGAGCUGAGAUAGGGCUUCACAAUAUCAGGAAAACAUGACUUUCCAAUAUUACCGCAGAGUAUUGCAAUGACACCAUCAACUCCAAGUAACCCACUCGCUACUCUUUUCUCCAUCAUCAGAAUCUCCCCACGCUUUACCAUGUCUUUCAUAAAGAUCUAAAAUAGACAAGUGAACAAGAUGGCACGUGAUUCAGAAACAAUAAAAUACCUUCUCAUUGUAUCAAAGUGAUUAUUUCCAAUUUGAAUAUUGCACACGUAUGUGAUAUUGGGCUGAUGAUUGUGAUUUAAUGUGUUGUGCAACUUUGUGAGGAGUCAUGCUUUUGCAAUAGACUGGAAAUUUGAAACCCCUUUGAAACGUCAAAGCAUACAAAUUCAUAACAGUGAGUCAAUGGAAAAAUCUCUUCUCUUAUUUAUUGUGAAAACAAUUAUGACUUUGGAGUCUAUGAUGUAAAUGUAGAAGGUUACACAUUAAACUCCAAAACCUGGUAUGGGCUGGAACCAUUCCUGAUUAAUUUUGGCCCUUUAACCUAUUUUAUUUUAAAGAAAAAUUUACAAAUUAACAAAAAAUAUGAUCAAAGAAUAAUAAAAUAUCAAUUACUAUAAAUUUACAUUAAAUUUACUCAUCACAAUUAUUAAAUAUCAGCAAAUUAAUUCACUUUUUCAAAGAUCAGUUUAAUUAGUGACCUGUCAUAGAAGAAUGUAUUUCAUGUGAUUAAAGGUUUAAGUCAUAUCACUAAAAAAUGGAAUAAUUUCCUAAGCUUAUUUCUAACUAGCAGUUAGAUGAAGAUAGUGUUGGAGUAUUAAUCUCUUUCCAGAGAUUAAGAUAACCUUAGAAUUGUUUCAAAGACAGAACAAGAUUUCCUACAUAUUUCAAUGAGCCACACAGACAGAUGAAAGAAUGUUUUACCUGAAUCCAUCUUAAUGCCACUAAAGACUCAACGCUAAACAUGUUCAAAAGCAUCUCUGUGAUUUAUAAUUACAUUUUCAUCAUUAAAAAAAGUCUUAUUUUUUAUUUUAAAUGCCUUUUGAGUGCAUAAAAUAGUUACUUGAUAGUAAGCUGCUUAAUCUAAGACUUUGCAGUUUUGAACUGUUUCUGGAGAAUAGACUAUUUUUUAUUUGCAUCUGAUAUUAUCUGUUUAUGUGUAGAUUAUUAAUGUUUGCAUGCAUGAAAAUAAGCCAGAAACAGAUUAGGUCUUUUUUUUUUGUCUAGAAGAGAAAUGUUGUGCUCACAUGUUUGAGUGAACAGAGAAUUAAAAUAUAGAGUUGAAAUGAAUAAUGUUUACCUGAAACGAAAAUGUACUCAUUGUAAUGUAUCAAUUAAAAUACAAUAGAAACUACAUUGUAGCUGUGUAAUUCUUAGUGAUAGAAGUGAUAUCAAUAGUACUGGACAACUGUAACAUAAAAAAAGCAUUUAUGUAGGUAUGUUGACCUAUAGAGGAGGUGAUGUUGAUUGACUUGUAUUUUAUAAGCUUUCCAACAGCUUGUGUAAUCUAGACAGGUGAAAAGAAAAUGUACAUAAUUUUUUUUUCUGCACAUUGUUUCAAUCAAUAUAAGCUAACCUCUGUAAAUAAAGAUAACCCAGAACAAG